AUGUCUACGAUCGUUUUUUUUUUCUUGUUUAUCAUUGAAUCUGCCACUGAGAAGCUGUGUCCCCUUCGUGCCUCCAUUGAUGUGCUAGAAGGGGAAUAUUUUUUCCUUUGUUAUCUUGAGUCAAGGCAAGAACAUUUUCAGAAGGAAGCGUACACAGUAAAGUGGUACAAAGAAAAUGCUGGAAAGCAGCAACUGAUAAAGGAAACACAUGGAAUUGUUUCCCAAAGGAAUUCUCUGGAGUUUUGGCCAGCUGAACUCAGUGACUCUGGGAAUUACUCGGUCACUCACAGCAAUGGAAAACAAAAUUUCACAAUUCAAAAGUGGACCUUGAAUGUGCUUGAGAGAAAUAAAAGCAGCUGUUUCAAUAAAAAUCAUUUAACUACAGAAAUUCAAAAUGCUGGAACUGGUCAUUCACUGAAAUGCAGUGAUUUGUCUGUCAAUGAAAAUGACAGCAUUACGUGGUACAAGGACUGUAAGAACUAUGAAAAUGAAACAGAGCGGGAGCUGGAUUUUAAAACCUUAACAGUACAGCACUCUGGGAUAUAUACCUGUAAAAUUUUAAUCAGUCAUGAAGGAAAGAUAUACCACAGCACAAACACAAUUAAACUGGUAGUAGAAGAAGAUGCACCAGAGGCUGUAACUUUGGAGAUUGUUGGACAUGAUGAAGAAAUUGAAACAGAAAUAGGUAAAGAAGAGAUACUCAAUUGCACAGGUUUCCUGGGUUAUUAUAUGCGAGAAGAUGCCAGCCUCUACUGGUUAAUUAAUCAAACGUUUCCAGAAAAAUGCUCAGGUAUCCCUGAGAAUGAACCUUCAAUAUGUGAAGAAGAAUUAAAAAAAUUACAGUUGGGAAACAAGUUCUAUGUCACAAGGCUACUACGGAUUAAAAAAGUAACAGCCGAGGACAUGCAUCAUAAUUUCACUUGCAUGUUGCAAGCUGAUGAAAGAACACAAAUGAAAAUAGUGAAAUUGAAGAAAGGGAACACCCGAGAUUUGCCUGUGCACAUAUUUACAACUGGAAUGGUCCUUGCUGUACUAUUUCCCUGUGUUGCUGUAGCUGUGGUGCUUGUCUGUGUGAUGUUUAGAGUUGACUUAGUUCUACUUUACAGGAACAUAUGCAGAAGAGAUGACACUGUUGGAGAUGGGAAAGAAUAUGAUGCAUUUGUGUCUUACUUGAAAGACUGCAUUUCUCCCACUGAAGAAGAGAGAGAAUUUGCUUUGAAGAUAUUGCCCAUGAUAUUAGAAGAAAACUUUGGCUACAAGUUAUGUAUAUUUGAGAGGGAUGUAUCCCCUGGAGGAGCGGUUGUUGAUGAUAUUCAUUCAUUCAUUGACAAAAGUCGAAGAUUAAUCAUUAUACUGAGCCAGAACUACGUUUCUGACAGAGCCAUAUACGAACUUGAGAGUGGACUCCAUAAAGCCCUAGUUGAAAGGAAAACUAAAAUCAUAUUAAUUGAAUACAUGCCUAUAAGUGACUACAAAUUCUUGCCAGAAUCACUGUCUCUUUUACCAUCAAAGAGGGUUGUGAAGUGGAAGAAGGAUAAAUCUCUUCCCGUGAAUUCCAGAUUUUGGAAGAACCUUCGGUACCUGAUGCCAGCAAAACCUACCAAGAUAAACACCAAAGGGCACUAUAAUAACCUUGACGUAGACUCAGAAGGUGCUCAGCCACAGACUGAGGGCUGUGGCUUUAAUGCAGUUGUAUAA